AUGUCCAAGGGAAUAAUGGCCCCAGAAAAUUACUCCUCAGUGACUGAGUUUAUCCUGCUGGGAUUAACUCAACAGCCAGAACUGCAGCUGCCUCUCUUCUUCCUCUUCCUGGGAAUCUAUGUGGUCACUGUGGUGGGGAACCUGGGCUUGAUUGUUCUGAUUGGUCUGAACUCUCACCUGCACACUCCCAUGUACUACUUCCUCUGCAACCUGUCCUUCAUUGAUCUCUGCUACUCCUGUGUCAUAACCCCCAGAAUGCUGGUGAGUUUUGUGAGACAGAACAUCAUCUCCUAUGCUGAGUGCAUGACUCAACUAUUUUUCUACUCCUUCUUUGUAAUUGAUGAGUGCUGUAUCUUGACAUCAAUGGCCUAUGAUCGGUAUGUGGCCAUCUGUAAACCCCUGCUGUACAAGGUCACCAUGUCCCUUCAGGUCUGCCUCAUGCUAACAGUAUGGACAUUUGUAAUGGGGUUUGCAGGUGCUGUGGCCCACACUGCAUGCAUGCUGAGACUCACCUUCUGUGACAGCAACAUCAUCAAUCAUUUUUCAUGUGACAUCCAUCCACUCCUCCAGCUCUCCUGCACAAGCACCUACAUCAAUGAGCUGGUGGCUUUCAUUGUGGUGGGAAUCAAUGUAACAGUGCCCAGUCUCACCCUUUUUGUUUCUUAUACUCAGAUCCUCUCCAACAUCCUCCGCAUCCAUUCUACCCGUGGCAGGUCCAAAGCCUUCAGUACUUGCAGCUCACACAUAAUUGCUGUUUGUCUCUUCUUUGGAUCUGCAGCAUUCAUGUUCCUAAAGCCUUCUCAUGCUGAGUCUCUGCCUCAAGAUAAAGUAUCCCCUAUUUUUUAUACCAUUGUGGGACCUAUGAUGAAUCCUUUCAUCUAUAGCUUGCGGAACAAAGAUGUUCAUGUUGCACUGAGUAAGACUUUGAAGAAAAGCAUCCUUUUUAAAUCAUAG